UGCUUUGGUUUAUGUGUCUCAGUUUGACUUUGUUCAUUCUAGGUGGAGCUGGCCUCUGUGGUCUUGGGGGUUCUGAAGUUUCCCCAAACCCACACUGCAGCUCACUUGGCUGAGGCCAAAAAUCUUCUCAUGGAAGAAUGGGGAAUUAAAGGGAAGGUGACAGGCCUGGUUACAGACUGUGCUCCCAACAUGGUUGCAUGUGCUAAUAUAUUACUGCUUCGGCACAUAAUGUGUUUUGCACAUAUGCUUAAUUUGGUGGUGAAAAAGUCCCUUGCCCAAACCCCUGAACUAGAGGAUAUCCGAAGUAAGGGGCGUAGGAUUGUCGGUCUUUUUAAAUCCAGCACCACAGCGAAGGAGAAGAUGUCAGAGAUGCAGCGACAGCUGGCCAGGCCAGAGCACAAAUUAAUACAAGAGGUGGAAACAAGAUGGAACAGCACAUUUAAUAUGUUGGAAAGGUUGUUUAAGGAGAGAGAGCCACUGGGGGCAGCUCUGGCCACCCUCCAUACAGACCUUCCUCCACUCACCUCAGAGGACUACCAGGCCAUACACCACUGCUUGAGCAUUCUUUCACCGUUUCAAGAGGCCACAGUUGAGCUUUCGACAGAAAAACGAGUGUCAGCAUCCAAAGUCAUUCCCAUGGUCAAAAUGCUGAAACAUUACAUCUCAAGCAGGUGUGGUCAGAUCACACACCCACUUGGUGAAAAACUGGCCACUAACUUGAAGAACAAUCUCCAUGAGAGGUUUUCAGCUCUGGAGAAGGUCACUGCUCUGUCAAUGGCAACCUUGUUGGACCCAAGGUUUAAAGAGCUGGGGUUCUGCAGCCAAGGCUCUGCCCACACGGCCAUAGAGCGACUCACUAAAGAGUGUGCUGCAACAAUGCAGGCGCUACUUCCAGAGGCACAGCCACAGUCGCCACCUAGAGAAGGUCCUUCAAGUCAGCAGGAAGAUGGUGGUCUCUGGGCCCUGCUGGACAGGCAUGUGGGGGUUCAACAGCAGGUGACCAGCACAACUGCCAGUGCAACAGUGGAGGUUCAGAGGUACUUAAAGGAACCUCACAUCCCAAGGACUCAGGACCCACUGAGAUACUGGGUUACCCACAAGGUUUUAUACCCACAUCUCUACAAGCUGGCAAUGAAGUUUUUAUGCACACCAGCUUCGUCUGUGCCUUGUGAGAGGAUCUUCUCCAAGGCUGGCGAAAUCGUCAGCCAAAGACGAAACAGGCUGAAGCCCAGCACAGUGGAGAAAAUUCUGUUUUUAAAUAAAAAUCUAUAACAUGUA